UUACUAUUUUUUUUAUGUAACUUGCAUAUUCUUUUAGAAAAUUUGAACAAUUUUUGGUUGUUAACCCUAGUUAGUCACACUCAUUUUUAACUGGGAAUCAACAAUUUAUUCCCCUUGAAUGUCUGAUCGAGUAUCUUUCUUGUUGCAUUUGAUUUGUAUAGUUUUUAUUACCAUCAUUUACUAUAAUUCUGUCAUUCUUUCUGUUUAUCUGUUAGAUUUACGAUAUUAAAUGGUAGGUUAAUACAGAUAGUUUAGUCUUCCUUUCAUCUUUGAGAUUGCGUACCGUUAUUUAAGGUUUCACGAUUUGUAAUGUUUGUUUAUCAAAUUGUUGGUGAUUUGGUCCUGUUGGGAGGAUAUUGAAAGAGCGAGAAGGUGUCUUGUGUAGCCAUUAGUGUGACACUCUCGAAUGCUUUCUCGCUUUUGUAGACGAGUGUUUAGUUUCAUUCGCUUGUUUAUAUGGAUUUAUUAAAUAUUUUAUGUGAAUUUGAUUAACAAAAAUGACAAACUUUUGCAGACACUAGUGAGCACUGGCUGGAUAUUGGUAUUUUCCUACUGCUAAGACGACACUAGUAUGUUCAAGUGGGAAGCUAGAUUUAAGGUUUUUGAAUUACUUUGAUGAUCUCAAUUUUUUGGAGACAGUUGAUACUUAUAAGCUCCAAUGUCAAGUUAUCCAUCUCUUUUGGGGCACGGUAAGGGCUCUCGGAUUCUUUGCUGGACUGAGUGAUACAGUCAAUGUUGUCAGUUAUUUCAGUAUAUGUGGGCUGAUGCAUUGUUGAUUGUACUUCAAACUAAGCAAGUGAUUGGCAAUUUGUUCUUUCCGAGGAUGGUACACCCAGGGCCACCAACUCCACUUGGUGGUGCACACACUGUUCCAUCUUCAUUGUUGCGGUCAAAUUCGGGUUUAUUGGGUGGCCAAGGGGGUCCCAUGUCUCCUCAGCCUGGCUUCCCAUCUCUUCUCUCAUCACGUACUCAAUUUAACAGCAGUAACAUGCUUGGAAAUGUGUCAAAUGUCUCUUCUCUCCUCCAUCAGUCUUAUACUAAUGGUGGGCCAAGUUCAGGGAUCUCUGGCCUCGGGAGUUCCCAAAGGGAUAUAAUUGAUGCUGGGGACGAGUCUGAUCCUUUGUCUGUCAUAAGAAAUGGGAUGGGUUGUAACGCCCCUUCCUCGUCGUUUAGUUCAUCAAAUAUAGUACAUCCAAAUGCAUCAGGUCAACUGUCUGGACAACAAUUUCCGACUUCAUCAGGCAACCAAAUCUUGUCAGACCAGCAAUCAGCCCAACAACUUGAAUCUGAAAACAUCCAACAGAGUCAAAACUCCCUUCAACAUGUCUCCGUCUCUCACAAUGACCGCCAUCAUCAUCAUCAUCAUCAGCAGUAUCAAAAUAUUCGAGGUGGAUUAGGUGGUGUUGGGCAAGUUAAGUUAGAGCAACAGAUGACAACCUAUCAGCAUGGACAAACUCCUCAACAGUUCCAAGCUUUGAGAAAUCUUGGGCCGGUAAAAAUGGAACUACAGCAUAGUCAGUCCAUGGCUAACUUACCACCUGUAAAAUUGGAACCCCAACACUCCGACCAGUCAUUAUUUCUGCACCAGCAACAGCAGCUGCAUCAGCACCGACAGCAGCAGCAAUUCCUUAAUGUGUCCAGACAAUCCUCUCAGGCAGCGUCUGCUGCACAAAUUAAUCUUUUGCAUCAACAGAGAUUAUUACAACUCCAUCAUCAACAACAACUAUGGAAAAAUAUUCCUCAACAAAGGUCUUCAAUGCAACCACAGUUUCAACAGCAGAAUUUGGCAUUAAGAUCUCCAGCAAAACCUGUGUAUGAACCAGGAAUGUGUGCAAGACGGCUAACACAUUAUAUGUAUCAGCAACAACAUAGGCCUGAAGACAACAGUAUUGAGUUUUGGAGAAAAUUUGUGGCUGAAUACUUUGCUUCUAAUGCCAAGAAGAAAUGGUGUGUUUCUUUGUAUGGAAGUGGACGCCAUACUACCGGGGUUUUCCCUCAGGACGUAUGGCACUGUGAAAUAUGCAAUAAGAAGCCAGGCCGUGGAUUUGAGGCCAAUGUUGAAGUCCUGCCUAGGCUUUUCAAAAUAAAGUACGAAAGUGGUACUUUGGAGGAGCUCCUUUAUGUUGAUAUGCCCCGAGAGUAUCAAAAUUCGUCUGGGCAAAUUGUCUUGGACUAUGCAAAAGCCAUACAGGAGAGCGUUUUUGAGCAACUGCGUGUCGUCCGUGAUGGUCAACUAAGAAUAAUCUUUUCUCCUGAUUUGAAGAUAUGCUCUUGGGAAUUCUGUGCUCGGCACCAUGAGGAGCUUAUUCCUAGGAGAUUGCUGAUACCACAGGUUAGCCAGCUUGGUAAUGCAGCUCAGAAGUACCAGGCUUCUACUCAUAAUGCUUCCUCAAAUUUAUCUGUACCAGAAUUGCAGAGCAAUUGCAAUAUGUUUGUUGCUUCAGCUCGUCAGUUGGCUAAAGCAUUGGAAGUUCCAUUAGUUAAUGAUUUGGGAUAUACGAAGAGAUAUGUGCGGUGUCUUCAGAUAUCCGAAGUGGUUAAUAGUAUGAAAGAUCUGAUUGAUUAUAGCCGAGAAACGAGCAUUGGACCUAUGGAGAGCUUAGCAAAAUUUCCCCGGAGGACGUCUGGGUUUCAUAGUCAACAGCAGCAGACAGCAUCUCAUAAAACAUCUAACAACGAAACGUCUGGGCAGGCGACUGCUGUAAAUAACUCUAGCACAGGACUUUCGAAUGGAACCAUUGCUGGGAUGCUGUUACACCAAAAUUCCAUGAGCUCAAGACAUCAACAUCCACUUACUACUACUGCAGCAAAUAGUCUGUAUGGCAUUCAAGUUUCUUCACCACCUCAACCUCAAUCCAACAUGUCAUCAUCCGCCCCUCAAAAUAAUAUUUCCAUGAUUUCUAGUGAUACAGAGCCACCAAGCGAUUCCCAGAGCUCGGUUCAAAAAAUACUACACGAGAUGAUGAUGAUGUCUUCGUCCCAACUUGGAGGUUCAAUGGCAAGUGAUGUGAAAACAAGCAAUAAUAAUAAGAAUUCGGGUGUUAUGGUGGUGAAUGGGGGGAUACGAAUAGGUCAUAGUUCUUUGCAGCAGCAGCAGCAGCAGCAGCAACAGCAACAGCAACAGCAACAGCAGGAUGUCAUGAAUGGGUUCAAUAGUCUUCUUCCGUUUGAUUGGAAAGCUGCUUCACCAUAGACGACAACCACGAUGACUAGAGGUAAUAUUGUUUGCAAAGGGUUUCAAAGUGAAGCUGGAUUUGCAUAUAUGAUGAUGAUGAUAUACAUAGAGGAG